UUUGCGUUUUGAAAACAUCACAGUAAACCGGAUGGAACGGUCCAGUGUCUAAGGCCAAUUUUCGAAUACGACUCGGCACUAUAGUCAUCAUCGUUAUGAGUGAGGAAGAUGAACGGAUACUCUGGUGCGGGAAUAUUUCCGAACAAGUUACGGAAGAAAUUCUACUGGAACUAUUCGUACAGGCCGGUCCAGUAGAAAUGAUUGCAAUUCCCCGGGAUAGUCAAAACAACAACCGCCAACGGUCUUACGCGUUCAUUACAUUCGUCCACAGAAGUUCGGUUGAAUAUGCCAUUAAUAUCUACGAAGGGACGAAACUUUUUCACCGUUCUCUAACAUUGCGCAAGAAAUGCAAAAGUGGAACAAAGGUGCACAACCAGAGCACAAUGUCAAAUAUCAACAGUAGAGCUCCACGACAACACCAAAAUCCGUUUAAUCCCGACCAGAAUCAGGAGAGUCGAUCCGAAAGAUAUGGGCAGACUAUGUUUAAUCAAUUCGUUUCAAGUUUACAUGGAAUGGUAACAUCGCAACAGGGUCAACUGCAGAACAAAGUCAAUCGAUUACAGCAACAGCGGUUUAAGCCCUAUUCCAGGAACAACGACAGGGACAAUAUGUCCUCGAUAGAUCGAAAGCAACCGAAUCAAGGAGGUGAUGAGGGAAACAAACAACGAAGAUACAACUACCGUGCCCGAAGAUAGAUGACGGACACUAUUGAAAAAAUGUACAGUAAAAAUUUGUUUUGUUAUAUAAACAGAAGUCUUGACUCGAGGCGUCACAAAUUUUUUCAAAAUUU